GGAAAGGGGGAGGCGGACCCUACCCCCACGUUGGCAUCGAUUUAAUUCACCCACACGAAUUCUAUAAUAGGUCUAGUCUGCCAGCAUUCCUCUGAACGAAGCUUGCCCCCAGUGGAGGGUACGUCGCGUCCGCAUGUCCGCCCGAACUUCUGACGUCGAUACUGGUGGGCAUCCUUUGUCAACGUGAACGUUCGUGCGAAUUGAUUUUCGUCUAUACAGAGCUUCGCCAUUUACUGCAGGAUUGAAGUUGAAAGAAAUAAAGCAGCAAGCAGGGAACCAAAGGCGAAAUUCAACACCAUGUCAUCGCUCAAUAUUUCCCAAGACGAGCUGAAAUCGCUCGAACAGGCGCGUCAAAGGCUCAUAACCCUCAUCGCGAGCAUCAAUAGCAUGAAGGAGAUGCUUUACCGUAGCGAUCCGCUGCCUCCACCUGCCACACUUGAAAAGCAAAACUUCAUUCUUGCAAAGAACAUCGACUCACUGAUCGGCGUUACUAAAGACAACGCCAAUUUGUUCUCCAGGAUUGUGGUACAUCCGUCGACAAAUUUUCCAGGUCGCGACUACGAACAAAUACUCCAGCAGCUUCUCCGGAAGAAACUUGAGCCCGAUGUCGAGUCCAGCGUCGAGGCGGCCAGGGAAGCAGCCGCUGCGGCAGGCAUCGAGCCUAACAACUUUGUGAACGAUGACGCGGCACGAAAUGGUAGCCGCAGGCGCAAGAGCGCCACACACUACGACAGCGACAGCGACGACGACGAGGAGUAUGCUGGACCCGAGGAGGACGAGUAUGCCGAUGAGGACGGCGAGGGUGGACAGAAGGAGCCGCUAGGUCUUGGCGAUGUCUGGCACGCCAUUCGAAUGUGGAGCAUAGAGCGGUUGGGGGUCUAUGGCAGCUUGGAGGAGCCAAAAAUGUUCACACCGGAGGAGCGCGCGAUCGGAAUCGACAAGGUGCGCACAGGACUGAAGCGCAACUUGGCAGAGCUGGAGCCCGACGACGGCGAAGGGGAGGAUGAAGACGAUGAUGAGGAGGACGAGGGUGUGGAGGAACCCGAGAAGAUCCAGGAGCACACGCAGCAGCACCAGCAGGCACAGCAGCAACCAUUGCUGCAGCAAGCGUCUCAGGAUCCAUCCUUGGACACCGAAUACCUACUGUGGUUCGGCGCGCGCGGAGAUUUAGCCAUGCCGGUAACGGUGGAGCGCUUGUCAGACACAUAUGAACAAGGGAGGAGGGUAGUCAUGAGUAGGAAAUAACGGGAAGCCCCGCUCCAGCAUACUUUUGCUUGCCCAGCUUGGGAAUCUCUGGAGCCUGUGUCCUUCCCCUGGUAACUUCCAAGCCUCAUACAAGAAAAAAAAAAGGUAGUUCUUUCUUCGCGUUUGCUGCACACUCACGCAUUUAAUAAAUAUUUUGGUGCUGCGUGGCAUGCGGUCUGAUCACUAGGCAGGAGCAAUGGACAGGAAAUGCACAGCUAAACUUUAGCAAUCGCCAUAAUAUUAAUCUCAGGACUCAUCCCUGAAGCCCGUAGCUCCGCAAUUGAACCUGUGGC